UCAGCUGCUUGUUUGUUUAUAUUUAUUCGGGUCGGCGAGCGACUUUAUAUAAUUAUCAGCUUUAAUAAAUUACAAAAUAACAGACAAUGUCAUUGUUUCAAAUGAAAUGGCUUCGUCGGUUGGUGAGACAAAAUACUAAACCCAUUCCGGAAGUGGAAGCCCUAAAAUGGAAGCGACGUCUGAGUUUGAUGUAUGCUCUUGUAGCUUGGAAUGCGUUCGGUUUCGUAUGCUACAUGGCCUUUACUGGUAAAGGCGAUUGGGCGCACUACUAUGGAUACAAAUCUGAUGAGGAAAAACAUGAAUCCCAAGCCCUACAAUUUAGCAAGCGUCUAAAUGUUGAAAAAGGAAAAAUUAUAAGGUAUUCCGGAUUUAAGAAGGUAGAGGAGCUGGAAUUUGAUAAUACUAAAGAAAAGUGAACCUUUGAACAAUGAAAAUUAUAGCAAUCUUC